CAAGAAUUGGCUUUAUACUACCUCAAUGUCUCAAUACGCUGCUGUUUACGCCAACCCUCAGGGUCCUGGAGAUGCGCGACCAACCGCCCUGCAGAUCGUCAAGGAUAGCCAGAUGGAAGGACAACUUAAAGGCAAAACAGUUGUCAUUACCGGCGUCUCGUCUGGCCUCGGGGUCGAGACUGCGCGUGCCCUUGCUGCGACAGGAGCGACCCUGUUCCUGACUGCCCGAGACCUAGUCAAGGCAAAGACUGCGUUGGGCGACUUCUUGCAGCCCGAUCGGAUGCAUCUGGUUGAGAUGGACCAGAGCUCCCUGAAGAGUGUCCGCAACGCCGCCAAGUCCAUCCUAGCCAAGACGAACACGGUCAACAUCCUGAUCGGCAAUGCGGGAGUCAUGGCCGUCCCAACUCUCGAGCUCACGGAAGACGGAUACGAGAGCCAGUUUGCCACAAACCACCUGGCGCACUUCUUGUUCUUCCACCUGCUCAAGGAUGCCCUGCUGGCUGGCAGCACGCCCGCCUUCCAGUCCCGCGUCGUGAUGCUGUCUGCUUCAGGGCACCGGGUCUGCGGCCUCAACCCGUCGGAGAACUACCACUUCACUCAAGGCGGGUAUAUACCAUGGGUUGCGUACGCGCAGUCCAAGACAGCCAACAUCUACAUGGCCAACGAGAUCGACCGCCGCUAUGGCCCGCAGGGCAUCCACGCCACAAGUGUUCACCCUGGCAUUGUUGCAACCCAGAUCGCAAGACAUCUUCCGGCGGAGCUAGUCGCGGCAAUGAUACAAGACGCGACGUUGGUGAGAGCAUCGCAAACCCCAGAGCAAGGAGCAGCAACUACCGUCUACGCCGCGAUCAGCAGGGACUGGGAAGGCCGAGGCGGCCGCUAUCUCUGCUCCUGUUCUGAGACUGAACGGGGGCCUGACGAUGGGGUCCCGACCAGUUCGACGUACGUGACACACACGUAUAGCCCGGAGGACGAGGAACGACUGUGGCAGGAUUCUUUGAAGAUGGUGUCCUCUAGAGAGGAGUAGGGAGGCUGCCUUUGUGACCCUGUUUCAAUAGAUGUGAUGUAAACUCAGUUUGAUUUAUGCUUUGAAUUACUAUCUACAUCUCAUCUAAUCUAAUGCCAUUGUGGGUUAUCAGACUGCGGCCCGCACGCC